AUGUUGCGGGCGAUCGUGGUCGACGUCCUGUUGAUGCUUAUCCCCGCCGGUGCCCCGUCCAGGGAGGCGGUCGGCCAGAUGACGGGCGUCACCCUUCUCCGGGGCGGCGAAUCUGCGUUGGUGGAGAUCGUGGAGCUGCCCGGCGUGCCCGGGCCGACCGGGAAAGAAGUCCAUCAGGCGAUGACGGCGAGUCGGGGGGAGGUCGCGCCGCUGUGCGUCUUCAGCGUGCGCUGGUGUGCGGGCAACGUCUUUCUGAACUUCAUGCGCAGCCUGUGUGCGAGCUCUGACGUCUGCUCGAGCUCGAUUGCGUUCGAGCAGCCAAUGCCUGCAGCGCCGCCGCCGCCUCUUCCCCCAGGCGACACCUACCUGCCCUCGGUGCGGUUUCAACUCGACCUCGGGCUCCUGCCAAGCCAGGCGCAGGGUCGGCCAGACGUGAUGUUGCGGGCGAUCGUGGUCGACGUCCUCUUGAUGCUUAUCCCCGCCGGUGCCCCGUCCAGGGAGGCGGUCGGCCAGAUGACGGGCGUCACCCUUCUCCGGGGCGGCGAAUCUGCGUUGGUGGAGAUCGUGGAGCUGCCCGGCGUGCCCGGGCCGACCGGGAAAGAAGUCCAUCAGGCGAUGACGGCGAGUCGGGGGGAGGUCGCGCCGCUGUGCGUCUUCAGCGUGCGCUGGUGUGCGGGCAACGUCUUUCUGAACUUCAUGCGCAGCCUGUGUGCGAGCUCUGACGUCUGCUCGAGCUCGAUUGCGUUCGAGAUGAUAGGGACUUUCCUCCUUGCUGUGCUGUCCGGCUGCGUCUUGACCUCCCUCUACGCGUGGUUCUUCCUCGGCUACUCGUCGCUGCGGCGGCGAGGACCGGGGCGAGGGACGUGGACGCGGAUGGCCGAGCCACUUGCCGACCUUCCGCUCUCUUCCUCGCCGUAUGAGCACGGGCCUGCCGGCCCAGCGGGCUUCAGCAUGCUGGCGGAGAGCGAGGAGCCGCGCACCUUCUCCUUCCCCGCCGGCCCGACGGGCCUCACUCUGGCAGACGACCCGGCCGGGGGCGGUGGCAUCGCUGUCGAGGCCGCAGAGGGCGCGGCGCUCGAGCUGGGCGUGCCUCUGCUGUCGGCCGUCCUCGCAGUGGACGGGCUCCGUGUCUCAGGGAACUCUACGGAGUCGCUGGGGGCUUUGGCGAGCCUGGGGCCCCUCACGCUGACGGUGCUCCCUCCGCCGCCGAGCGAUGAGCCGGCGCUGACGGAGGUGGAGGAGGAAGAGGGGGAGGGGGCGAAGGGGGAGGAGGAGGAGGAGGAGGAGGAGGGGGAGGGGGAGGAGGAGGAGCACCCGGCUCUGCUGCUGAAUCUGAUCGAUCUCGCUAAAACCCAUAAGGCCAAGCAAGAGGCUGAGCGCGCCGCGGCGGAGGAGGCUUCCCUCGUGACGGAUCCCGAGCCGCCGCAUGUCGCGCCGCUGAGUUUCGAGGCGACGGGCGAAUUCCUCGACAAGCAGCACGCCGCUCUCGACCUCGCACGCAACGUCGAAAAGUCCAUGGCGGAGGAGGGGGAGGCAGAGGAGGAUUGCGAGGAGGGAAAGCCGUCAGAGGCUGCGGCAUCGGCGGGCGAUGCUGCCGGCGACGCCAUCGUUGCCGGCCUCUCGUCAGAGGCGGCGGCGCGCUGGUUGUGA